AUGUUUCGUCAGCUUAGCGAAUCAGUGAAUGCAAAUAAAAACAGACUUGAACCCUACAUUUGUGUGUCUUUCUCUGACUCUAAAUAAUACAUUCCAAAGAACGACAACUCGGUUCGUCUAAAGAAUUACCUGGAAGAAACAAAACUCAAGCUUACCUCAACAGUUUUCCGCCCUUAAAUUGAUAACAUUUCAGCCAACGAAAGAAAUGCUGAUUUUAGAUAUAUGAAAAUUCAUAUAUUUGCACUGCGGUGGAGAGAUGAAAUUAAGAGAUCCUCGCAGCUAAGAACACUACUGAAACGAGUAGUUGUAAAUUGGACCUGAAAAAAGAUUCAGGCCCAUACGGGAUUUGAACCCAUGACCUCUGCGAUACCGGUGCAGCGCUCUACCAAUUGAGCUAACAAGCCAACUGGGAGCUGGUUAAUGAAUUGGGUCCAAAUAAACAUCCAAGUGAAUGAUGAUUUUAGAUAUAUGAAAAUUCAUAUAUUUGCGCUGCGGUGGAGAGAUGAUACGCACUAAAACGCAACAGCAAAAUUAACCUGAAAAAAGCGGAUAAAGGAACAACAACAGUCAUGUUAGAUACCACAUAAAAAGUAGAUGAAGGCUGACAACAAUUAUCUGAUGACAGGUUUCACAAGUCUCUCCCAUCUCCUAUUGUGCAAGACACCGCCCGAAAAGUAAACAAACUGGUCAAUAAACUAUACCGUUCGGGACACGUCGACCUAAUGCCCUACAAAUGGUUAACAAUUGGUCUUAAACAAUCACGUUUACCAGAAUUUUACACGUUGUUUAAAAUCCAUAAGGAAACACCAGUCGGCAGACCAAUCGUCUCUGGUAAUAGUGGUCCAACAGAGCGUAUCUCUAGUUUUGUAGACUCACUACUAUAA